AUGGCCUUGAGAACCACCUGUACUCUGACUGACAACCCCACCUACAUCUGGUACAAGAACGGACAACAUCUAGAUGAGAGCACCUCCCCCAGUACAAAGACCCAGUCUCCAAGGCAGGAAAGGACACUGACCUGUAUCACCACCUGUACUCUGACUGACAACCCCACCUACAUCUGGUACAAGAACGGACACAAAGUAAAGGAGGACACUUCCAGCCUGUACUCAGACUCCUUUAGUGAUGCAGACAGUUACUCCUGUGCUGUAAAAGGCCAUGAGGAUCUCCUCUCUCCUGCAGUGUGUCAGAAGUGUUGGAGUGUGACUUACACCCAUCAGAAGAUCUGUGCCUUGAAGGGGUCAACAGUGGACAUAUCCUGCUCUUACACAUAUCCCAGUUACCAUGAGAUCAAACAAGCUUUCUGGUUUACUAAAUGGUCUGGUCUGGAGGCUGAAGAUCUGAGCUCAGUGCCAGGGUAUGAGGGUCAUAUAGAGUACCUUGGGGAUAAGGAGAGUGACUGUACCCUGAGAAUCACACACCUGAGAUUGAAUGACUCUGCAGGGUUCAGGUUCAGAUUCAUAACAUCUGGAGGAAAGUUUUCUGGCUCACCUGUCUCUCUGACUGUCACAGAUGUUGUGUUGGAGAUGGAUCCUACAUCUGUGUCAGAGGGGGAGAGAGUCACACUGAGAUGUAGAACCAACUGUACACUGGACCCCAUCACAGCCUACAGUUGGUAUAAGAAUGGACAGUCUAUACCAAACAGCAACACCUACUCUCCUUUCUAUAUCCUGUUCUCAGUCAGCAGUGAGGAUACAGGCAGAUACUCCUGUUCUGUAGAAGGACAUGAGGAUCUCCCCUCUGCUGAAGAGACUCUCAUUGUCACAUAUGGUCCAUGGAACACCUCAGUGUCAGUCAGUCCCUCUGGUGAACUAGUGGAGGGCAGUUCAGUGACUCUGACCUGCAGCAGUGAUGCCAACCCACCUGUGGACAAAUACACCUGGUACAAGAAGAACGUAGCCUCACCAAAAGCAUCAGGACAGAGUUACAGCAUCACUAACAUCAUCUCUGAGGACAGAGGAGAAUAUUACUGUGAGGCCCAGAAUGGAAGAGGAUCUAAUAACUCUACAGCUCUGAUGAUCAUUGUAGCAGAGAAACAAACCUCAGUUCUAACUGCAGCUGUAGGAAUCAUAGUGAUUGUUCUGGGUGUCAUACUGGCUUCAUGUCUCUCUGGACUCAUGUGGUUCAGGAAGAAGGUCUUCAAAACCACCUCUGACACAAGACACACGGCAGGCAAUGGACAGGGAGACUCUAGUCCAGUGUAUGACAACAUCUCAGGCAUGGCCUUCACCCCUACUGCAGCACAGACAGCGGCCACCGUCGACCAGGAUGAUGUUCACUAUGCCAGUGAUGUUCACUCUCGCUCCAAAAACCAGGAAGUGCCUCUCUACUCCACCGUCCAGCUGCCUCAACCCCAGAAAGAGGAUGAGGAUGUCCAGUACGCUGCUUUGAAUUUCAACCUUCCCAGUGCUGCCACCUGGUCCACGGUGGUACAAGCAGCUGAGGAGGAUCCCUCUGUUCUCUACAGUACAGUCAACAAACCCAGAACCAAGAAGACGUGAACACAAUAAACCCAGAACCAAGAAGACCUGAACACAACAAACCCAGAACCAAGAAGACCUGAACACAUCAAACCCAGAACCAAGAAGACCUGAACACAACAAACCCAGAACCAAGAAGACCUGAACACAACAAACCCAGAACCAAGAAGACCUGAACACAACAAACCCAGAACCAAGAACUGAAAACAACAAACACAGAACCAAGAAGAACUGAAAACAACAAACCCAGAACCAAGAAGACCUGACAAACCCAGAACCAAGAACUGAAAACAACAAACCCAGAACCAAGAAGUGAAAACAACAAACCCAAAACCAAGAACUGAAAACAACAAACCCAGAACCAAGAAGACCUGACAAACCCAGAACCAAGAACUGAAAACAACAAACCCAGAACCAAGAAGACCUGAACACAACAAACCCAGAACCAAGAAGACCUGAACACAACAAACCCAGAACCAAGAAGACCUGAACACAACAAACCCAGAACCAAGAAGACCUG